AUGGACUGGCCACACAAUCUGCUUCUCCUUCUGGUCAUCUCCAUCUUUCUGGGGCUGGGCCAGCCUAGGAACCCCAAAGGCAAGAGGAAAGGGCAAGGACGGCCUGGGACCCUGGCGCCUGGGCCUCACCAGAUGCCACUUGACCUGGUGUCCCGGGUGAAGCCCUAUGCUCGUAUGGAGGAGUACGAGAGGAACCUUGGAGAGAUGGUGGCCCAGCUCAGAAACAGCUCGGAGCCAGCCAAGAGGAAGUGUGAGGUGGACCUGCAGCUGUGGCUGUCCAACAAGAGGAGCCUGUCUCCCUGGGGCUACAGCAUCAACCACGACCCCAGCCGCAUCCCCGCGGACCUGCCCGAGGCCCGUUGCCUGUGUCUGGGCUGCGUGAACCCCUUCACCAUGCAGGAGGACCGCAGCAUGGUGAGCGUGCCGGUGUUCAGCCAAGUGCCCGUGCGCCGGCGCCUCUGCCCGCCACCGCCGCGAACCGGGCCCUGUCGCCAGCGCGCGGUCAUGGAGACCAUAGCCGUAGGCUGCACCUGCAUCUUCUGAACCUUCGGCAUCAGAAGGCAGGCCGGCUGCUGAAGUCCGCCUCCCUGCACCCCGCGACUGCAAGGCUGAUGAAAAGUAAAUGCUGUCCUCUGUAAAGCAA